AUGGCAGUUAGCGGACCUACUGAAGUUUCACCAGCCGAGAUGCCCAAGGAAGAGACGCAAAAUGAACAUCCAGUACAGGAAGAAGCAUCCACCGUAGCCAAAGAGCCUUCUGCAGAAUCAAAGGAACACGAAGCUAAAGAGGACAACGCAGCCGAAGGCGACAAAAACGAAAAGUCCAAGAAGAAGUUCAAUAUGAUGAAUUGGGUCAAGAAGCUCCCCCACGCUAAAAUGCCAAAGCGACUGUCCCUGAAGCGUGAACCCAAGGUAAGGCAGCUCGAAAUUCUUUGA